AUGGCCUUCAAGAAUGGGCUGAGUGAACGCCUCGACGAGCUCCGAUUCCCUUCCCCUCGAUCCCCCCCAUCGGAGUCCGCCUUCCCAGGCUAUACGUCUUUAUCGCCUGGCCAUUCGAACUUGGCCCCCGGUUUCUCACGACCUAAUAGUGAUGUUCGGGCCAAUCUGCAGCGCCGCUUCACAACCGAUUCCAGCAAAUUUUCGUCCUCAUGGAAUUAUUUGAACCAGGGGAGUACUCCGAUGCCAGACCCUCUCGACCUGCUAUCUUCGUUCGAGAAGAAGCGACAGCAUAUUGAGUAUAUGCGAGAACAGAAAAGACGCUUUGAAGAAGAUAUGAAAUUGCUCGACAUGCAGCACGAGAAAGAAAAGAUUGAGAUGGAUCAGCUCGCUCGUGACUUGGCCAAGGCUGGUCUCGGUGGUGCAGCCAGCGAGCCCACUACUCCUCCCGAGUAUCGGGAGCCUCCUCCUGCUCAGACUGCGGUCUCUCGCCCUGGAAGAUUCUCAAAUGCCAGUGUGACUUCAUCUCCUGGAUUCUUCAAUGCUUUCGCCCCAUCUCCUCAGCUCACCUCCCCGCAACAACCUGUCGAUCGGUUCGCAGGCCAUUCGGUGCCUGGGUCUCGCCGCAACUCCGAGAAAGAGGAGUUUGUUAUGGAGUCGAAUUAUCGAUCCACCAAUGCAGUUCAUCGUCUGUCGCUACCUUCUAGCAACUACAAUGGCCAAUACCGACCGAACGUGUCUGGUUUUGGUAGCAACUCGGGUGUGAACAGCUCCUUUGCUGGAACAAAGCAUCUGUUCCCGAGCGACGAAGAGAAGCAUUUCAUGAUGGAUCAAGAUCGCUUGUCGACCCCCGAUAUUAAGGGCUAUAUUCGGAUGACCGACCCUGACGACAAAUUCCCAACUCUCUCGCGCCGAGGUGGUUCCAACAUUUUGUCUGCGAAUCCAGAUGCCCUUGAUCUAGCUGGCUCCCGCAACCCGGGCGCAGAACAUCCUCACUCGUUCCACAGUCGUCACCGUUCUGCUCAUCAGAGCAUGCCAAAGACACUGAACAACUUCCGCCUGGACCACGGGCAUAAUGGCAACUCGACAAAUGACGAGCAAGCGAACAGCUCUCAGCCUCGCCAUGCCGCGCGUCAUUCGCUCGGGGAAGGCUUCGUGUUCCCAAGCGAGCGUAACAACGACGCCACGACUCCGGUUCCCUCGAAUCGACCAGUUCCCCUCCAGUCGUAUUCGACAAAUGACCUCCCCACGGUCAAAGGAAACGGCAACGGCUUUGACGCGGCCAUAACUCCGCCCAAUACUUAUGCCGAGAACAUUCAUCACCAACAUCAUUCCAGUAUGGGGCGAUUACCUGCCGGCAAUUCUAACUCCCUGCACCCCCCCUUUGGACCUCAGAUCACUCCAGCCACGACGAACUCUGGCGUGUCUGGGUAUAUUGCGUCCAAUACACUGCAGUUCCCGAUGCAUGCAGGAUAUCCAACGCAGCCUUUUGUCAACCAAGGUGGACAAGUCAACAACCAAGUCCCAGCCAUGACCGCUGGAAACCCCUAUCUGGCAUAUAACAACUUCACGGGUGGUUACCGAUUCACUGAAUCAAAUGGUCGGGGCGGAGUUGGACAGCGUCGCCAGACUGAAAGCGACUCUAGCCAGCUUAAUCGUUUUACCAAUUUCCCUCUCGAGCACUACAAGGGUGAGCUGUAUAGUCUCUGCAAAGACCAGCAUGGCUGCAGAUAUCUGCAACGCAAGCUCGAGGAACGGAAUCCCGAACAUGUACAGCUGAUUUUCAGCGAGACAUACAUGCAUGUGAUUGAACUGAUGACUGAUCCGUUUGGUAACUAUCUUUGCCAGAAGCUCCUCGAGUUUUCAAAUGAUGAACAACGCACCGCGCUCAUUGACAAUGCUGCUCCUCAGCUUGUUAAAAUAGCGCUCAACCAACAUGGAACUCGUGCACUGCAGAAGAUGAUCGAGUUCAUCUCGACCACCGAACAGACUGUCACUGUGAUCAAGGCACUGGAACGACAUGUUGUCGAACUUGUUCAAGAUUUGAAUGGCAACCAUGUGAUCCAGAAGUGUCUUAAUCGUCUAUCUAAAAAGGAUGCCGAGUUUAUCUAUCAUUCUGUCGGCGAUCGUUGUGUCACUGUUGGCACCCAUCGCCACGGAUGCUGUGUUCUACAACGUUGCAUCGACCAUGCAUCCGGUGACCAGAAGGAUCGCCUGAUUGGUCAAAUCACUAAGAAUGCUUACCAACUGGUUCAAGAUCCCUUUGGCAACUAUGUUGUCCAGUACAUCCUGGAUCUCGGUGAUCCUUUCUACACUGGUCCCCUUUGCCAAACCUUCGCAGGCAAUGUCCCGGCUCUGUCCAAACAGAAGUUUAGCUCCAAUGUCAUCGAGAAAUGCUUACGCACUGCUGAUUCGGAAAAUCGCCGUGCCUUGAUUGAUGAAAUGCUGAGUGGAAACGAGCUGGAGAAGAUGCUGCGUGACUCCUAUGCCAACUAUGUUGUGCAGACCGCGAUGGAGUUUGCCGACCCCGAGACUCGCACCCGCAUCAUUGAAGCUGUCCGGCCUCUGGUUCAUUCAAUUCGCGGUACCCCACAUGGUCGUCGCAUUGCUGGCAAAAUCAUGUCGGCUGAAACUUCAAGCCGUCCUACCAGCGGCCAUGUCACUCCCAAUGAGAUCAGCAACACGCCCAAGCAGAUGUUGCAGAAACCAUUCGGAUUUCAGCAAGGCCCAGUUCCUGCCUUUAAUGGAACCACUGCCUUCAAUGGCCAGAACGCUUUGCCGACCCCUGCGCAGAGCUCAUCGAACACCCCUCCCAGCGGAACAGCUGAGGGACCCAUGUUCGGAUCCCCUGGAUCUGCUCCAAACAUCGGUGUUCAGAACCAGCUUUACGCCUACUACUAA